CCUACGACUCCGCAACCAGUAAAAACGUCCUCUAUAUCCUCUAUUUUGGGAGAGGGCGUCGAAGAUGGCGAGGAGACUGGGGCUAGCAAAGAGUUGGCAAGACCUGCGACGGCGCCAGCUGUACCAUCAACGCAUGUCCUGAAUGAUCAUUUUUUUCCUUCAAGUGGAAGCACCGGCGAUGGCUCGAACACUUUUCAGGUACCACACAGUAAUGUCAUAUGCGUAUUUGUCAAGAUGUAGUCGUGUUGUGCGAUUAUAAUGUUAGGUCACUAAGUAAUAUAAUGGCUCUAGUAUAAUGUGAAUGUAUUAUGACUAGGAAUUCUAUCGAAGGUAUACUAGUUUAUACUUGUUGGACAACAGGUAGCAACGGAGCCACAAGUUGAGAUAAUCGAGGGGACACCCGAGACGAGGCCCGACAACCAUAGCGUUGAUCCCGUCGUCCCACUGGGUGAGGGAUCUACCGACGCACCCCCAGCACCAGAGGGACCUGCUUACGAAGACACGACUGUAGUGGAGCAAACAGGGGACGUCGCAGCCCAAGUCGAGGAGCCUGAGAGCAAAACGAAGCUACGACAAGCUGAGAGCUCAUUGACGACGGCACCUGCUGUCGUUGUUUCUGGACAGAGUUCAACCAAUCUAAAAACGUCGACAACUGUCCUUGUAGGAGAUACAACCGAGGAAGCGUCUGUCAGAGGACGUGAGUUGUCUCUGGCGAGUCCUACUGGACUCAAAAACGGUCGUGUGGCAACACCGAUGGCACCUCCAAAUAAAGAAGUUCUUGGAGGAGGGAUGCCGCGCACACACGUCAGUCGUAGUUCCUCUCCGCGCGGCCGACGUGGCUCUUCUCCGACGACGAGGACUACAGCUGGUGGAAGUCCUGUGAAUGCUAAUAAUGCGAAGACCCCGAAAGAAGAAGUGACGUUGCCUUGGCUGCCUCCAGCUCCACGCGCAAGCAUCAUCGAUGUGCAGACGCGCCACACUUUAGCUGCCUCUUUGUCCGCGCCCUUUCUGAGUCCGCGGGACCGGCAAGAGCGGCGUCGGAAGUACAGCACUGCCCAAACGUUGGUCGCAAGCAAGGAGUACCAUGAGAAAAAAGCCGCACAAAUGGCGAGACUCGGUGUUCAGUUGGAAGAGAUGAAUCACCUGAGAGACACCGAGCAGGAGGCCUUGCUUUCGGCGCGGCGUGAAAGUGAGCUGAGACUGCGGCCGCGAUGGACGGUGAAUGCCGUUGCGCCACGCAUGGUUGCUCACCCGGGAACCAGUGGUGGCGUACUUGCGGGUACCCUGGCUGACGGUUCCAAGCACGUGCUCAAUCGGGGAGGUGGCUACGCGCCAACUGCGGAAAAACCACAGCUAGAAAGGGAACGAAAAAACGCAGCUGAGUAUGCGAAGUUGUACUCUUUGCCGCAGACACCACGAGGUGGAAACGGAGCGC